AACAAAUUUAAAAAAAAAAACAAAUGUAAAUAUAAAAAGCUGGAAGGCAGCCGUAUAAUACAAACAAAAAUGGCUGCGCCCUUAUUGAGGUCAUGUAGGUUAGGAGCAAGCUUAUUUACCGCAAAGUGCCAGACAACCAACCAGGUUUCUCAAUAUUCAACUAGCGAGUCACUUGUGACAUCCACGGGAAAAAAGGAUGAGCUUUACAGACAGUUAACUCUUGAGAUCAAAGGUCAUGACAGUGCCAUUCUCAACAGUUACCAGAAGUUCACAGCGAUGGCUGCUAAAGAGCUUGGUGUUAACAUUGUGAGCAUGUAUGAUCCACCUCGCAUCUUCACAAGAAUGAGUUUGAUGAAAUCAGUAUUUGUCCACAAAAAACAUUUCCACCAAUAUGAAAUGAGGACUAUGUAUAAAGUUUUUCAGAUAAAGCAUAUAACAGGGUCCACUGCCAGUACCUUCCUUGAAUAUAUUCAAAGAAAUUUACCGGAAGGAAUGGCUAUGAAGGUUACAAAGAUUCAGAUUGAACAGCUUCCCAGUCACAUUAAGCCUCCAGCAGACGCAGCCAAUCAGAUUCAAAGUUCACAGCAAACAACAAAGCACUAAAUGAUAUAAUUAAUAAUAGAACAUUAUUAUUGUGUUUGUAUAACAUUAUAUUUUCUUGUGUGAUUAUAUAUAAUGCCAACAAAUAUAAUUGCAAAUGAUUUUCUGGUCUGUUUAAAGGUUGAUUAAUUUACAUGACCUUGUUGCUGGGUUUAUACUUGUAGAAUAUUACAAAUAUGUAUACCUGUCUCCCUUUCCCUACUUGCACAAUCACUUUAACGAAACCAAUCAUAAAUAGGGAGGGUGGGGUGAGUCAUUCCUUCUGACCUGGCUCCAGAAAAUGCAGGCUCAUGUUGUUCAACAUUGUACUUGAUAUUAGCAGACUAGAUAGUAGCCCUAGGCAAACAAAACUUAAAGACCAUACUGAUCUGUAGGCCACAGUUUGUUUUUGUUUCCCUCCAGUUUUUUGAGAAGAAAGAAUAGAAAUAUUGUUUGUAAACAAUUUGUCUGAAAAGUUAGGAUUGGAUAUGUUUUUUGUUUUUUUUAAUUAUCUGUAAAUGUUGUAAUCUAAAACAACUCCAUAUUAAUUUGAGUAUUCUUUGAUUGUUGAGCAAAUGUGGCAAUUAAAAGUAAUUCAAUUUUUGCUGUAA